CAGGAGAGAGACACCGAGGAAGAGGAGACGAAGAAGAAGGCGACCAUGUUGAUUUAAAGGAAGAAGAAACACAAUAGAGACGAUUUAUGUCAAGAAAAAUCCAGUUACUGAAGCGAAUAGUGAAAGAAGUAGAAGACCGACCGCACGCUGAGUACCCCUGUAAAAUAACAAAGAGACUAAGGUUUGAGUUGUUGGCUUUGAGGAGGCAGCAGGUUGAUCACGGCCGACGCUCACACAGUUCCAGACCGAGCUGAAGACCUGAGGCGCUGGGAGAAGGUCCGACACCCGGAGGAGAAGGAAAACACACAGCGAAGACUCAACAAGGGUGGAAAGCUGCUUGGCUUUGGACUCGACAACCCCUUGUAUGACUCGUGAUUUCAGGAUCCGUUUGUUUUUUCAUGCGUGGGAAUAUCCAGAGAGCAUUACAGACUAUAUGAUUUUGGGGAAGCACUUGUACAAAGUUGGACAUCCUUUUUUGGAGAACAGGGAUAUUGAGCAACUCUUAUGGACUCAACGUGGAAACAAGAAAUAUUGUUCAAUUUAGAACCAGAAGUUUAAGUAUUGAACUCAGAUUAUAUUGAAGAAGCUAUUCCCCAAGUUCAGAUUGCCUUAGUUGUUCUAUUUCAGGACUUGAACCGCUUUGAUACUUGUUCACGUAUAAUUUUUCUAUAUUGUGGGCAGGUAUAUUCAUGCAUAUGAAUGCAAAUUUCUCUUCAUUUUGAAGAGCUGUUGUGUAAAAACUUGUUUUUUUUGUCGUUCUCGUACGUCAGUCACUCCGUUGUUGAAGGGACCGAACUGCGCGUACAUGUGUAUAUGUAAAUACUACCAAUCCACUUCAGUUGUAAAAGCUUUGGACUUUAAAAGAAUAGAGAAUAUUGUUUGUUAAUGCUUUAUUAAAACUUUUUUACUUUUGAAGAGAAUUUUUAAAAACAAAAACCUAAGAGGCAAAAAUCUAGUACCUGGAAGGAAAGAACAGCACGAGUAAGGAAACCAGGAAAAAUGGCAACGGCCAGAACAGAAAGCGUGGGUCCUCUGGUCAUGGGCCUGAACAAGCAGAACGGGCAGCUCAGAGGACAGACCAAACCAGCUCCAGCCCCGCCAGCACCAUCCACUCAAGGAAAGACUUUGGGUCCCCAGAAAGCCGGCGGCGGCCCUCAGGACGGAGGAGGCAUCAAGUUUGGAGACGACUGGAAAAAGAGCCUGAAGCUCCCUCCCAGAGACAACAGGGUCAAAACCUCAGAUGUGACGGCCACCAAGGGGAAUGAGUUUGAAGAUUACUGUCUCAAAAGAGAACUCCUGAUGGGCAUCUUUGAGAUGGGCUGGGAGAAACCGUCCCCCAUACAGGAGGAGAGCAUUCCCAUCGCCCUGUCUGGACGGGAUAUUCUGGCUCGGGCCAAGAACGGAACAGGAAAAAGUGGAGCUUAUCUCAUCCCACUGCUGGAGAGGAUAGACCUGAAAAAGGACCACAUACAGGCCAUGGUCAUGGUUCCUACUCGUGAGCUGGCGCUGCAGGUGAGUCAGAUCUGCAUCCAGAUCAGCAAACACCUGGGAGGAGUCAAAGUCAUGGCGACCACCGGCGGCACCAACCUGCGGGACGACAUCAUGCGUCUGGACGAGACCGUGCAUGUGGUCAUCGCUACGCCUGGCAGGAUCCUGGACUUGAUAAAGAAGGGCGUGGCGAAGGUGGAUAGAGUCCAGAUGAUGGUGAUGGACGAGGCGGAUAAGCUGCUGUCUCAGGAUUUUGUGGUGCUCAUCGAGGAUAUCAUCAGCUUCCUGGCCAAGAACAGGCAGAUCCUGCUCUACUCUGCAACCUUCCCCAUCAGCGUGCAGAAGUUCAUGGCGAAGCAUCUCCAGAAGCCCUAUGAGAUCAACCUGAUGGAGGAGCUGACUCUGAAGGGCAUCACUCAGUUCUACGCCUACGUCACCGAGAGGCAGAAAGUCCACUGCCUCAACACGCUGUUCUCCAGGCUUCAGAUCAACCAGUCGAUCAUCUUCUGUAACUCCACUCAGAGGGUGGAGCUGUUGGCCAAGAAGAUCACUCAGCUGGGCUACUCCUGCUUCUACAUCCACGCCAAGAUGAUGCAGGAAUACAGAAACCGUGUGUUCCACGACUUCAGAAACGGACUGUGCAGAAAUCUCGUCUGCACCGAUCUGUUCACCAGAGGAAUCGACAUCCAGGCCGUCAACGUGGUCAUCAACUUUGACUUCCCGAAGAACGCCGAGACUUACCUCCAUCGCAUCGGAAGAUCAGGGAGGUUCGGUCACCUGGGCCUGGCCAUCAACCUGAUCACCUCAGAGGAUCGCUUCAACCUGAAGGCCAUCGAGGACCAGCUGGUGACCGACAUCAAGCCCAUCCCCAGCAGCAUCGAUAAGAGCCUCUACGUGGCCGAGUUCCACUCAGGCAGUGCCGACUGUGACGUGGAGGAGGUGGAGGAGAAGCCGGGACGGCAGCAGGACAGCACCUAGAGCAGAACUUGGACUCUCCGGCUUUUGCACAGACAUCAGCGCUUCAGGCGACUCUUCAUCUCCACUCUUUAGUUUUGGAGCCCGUCGGACGGAUUUCAUUUCACUUCUUUUGCUUUUCCUCAGAGAGCUGCCUCGUUCUUUUAACCGGGGGAAGUUAAACGCGUCGUUUUGUUCCCAACCCGUCGCCCUCGGAGACCGUCGGGUUUUUUUUUCUUCUUUAGCGUCUGUCCUCUUCACUGCUGUCGUCACUUAAGUGCCUUACUUCCUCCUCGUGCACUCGUCGUCCGUUCAUCGCCUGCAGCAGAGCACAAAUUAAAUCCAAACAUCCGUUAUGCAAAAAAAGGGACAAACCAACCACUCAAACUCCUCCUGCUCCUCCCGAAUGUUUAUUUGAAAUGUGAACGUUGCAAUAAAAAGGGCAGCUUUCUUUAAAUACGACUGUUUCUCCCUGUUCCACUCCAGUUCCUAUUUGGAGGUUCUUUUUAAAACGACUCAACUAAAGUUUGGCCGAUUUAACGGCGGGUUUCCGUACGGACAAAACGACGCCUUCAGCUUCCCCUCCUCCUUCGUGUUCGGGUUUUUGUGGCUGGACUUUAAAUCUAAGUUGGUGAAUGUAUCCGAAGCCGGCUUCACGGAAUUAAAGGUUCAGAUUCAAACAGCAGAUAAACGUUUCUAAUCCGGGGUUUCUUUUUUUCCUGAGGGAGCGACACUUUUUUUUUUAUUUUGUUUUUCUUCCGAAAGCGAAGUUGUAGCAUCUUUAAACAGGCAGCUGUGAGUUUUCCUUUAAUUUGUCCUCCCCUUACAGAGCGCCACUAACCGAUAAACGGAAAAAGACAUAAAAAGGAUGAUUUUGUUGCUUCGAGGGGCGCCGUGAGGGGAGCUUCUGGAGGGUUUUUAUUUUACUUUUCGUCUUCUCUCUGGAGCCCGAAGCCAGACGGAGGAGCCGGAGAAGCUUCAGGUUCCAGAGGGGAGAAGAGUUUGAGGGAAGCGUCGAAGCAGCGAGAUCUUCUGCUGUGGACGAGGCGAGUCGUUCCGGGGAAACGAGACGCAGACGUUCGCGCUCGUCGUUUACAUUUAUAACGAGAAAAAGAGAAAAAAAAAAAAGAAAACGCUUUGCUUCUGGUUCAACUUUUAGUUUCCUUUGGAGGAUUUUCAGGAUUUUACAUCGAAGCAAAACCAAAAAGUGGAGAAAAUGAGAGAGAGAGAGAGAGUGGAAGAGUGUGAGUUUGUGUGGACAUGUGGUAGAAGUGUGUGUGUCUGAAGAGUGUGUGUAGAAAUGUGUGUGUGUGUGUGUAGCAUGUGUAAAGUGUGUUUGUGUGGAAGUUUGGUAGAAAUAUGUGUGCAUGAAGGAGGUGAGUGUGUGUGCAGCAGAGGUGUGUUUGUGCAAGAGUGUGUGUGCACGUGUGUGUGUAAAACAGGUGAGUGUGUGUGGAAAAAUGUGUGUGUUUAUGUGGAUGUGUGGUAGAAGAGUGUGUGUGUGAAAGUGUGUGUACAUGUGCAGCAGGUGUGUGUACACACACCUGCUGCACAUGUACACACACUUUCUCACACACACACUUUUACAGUAUGUGUGUGUAGAAGAGUGUGUAAACGUGUGUGUGCAGCAGGAGGAUUUUAGUCGUCUAAACGAGUCGAUCUUUCCGUGUUUUUUUUGUCAAACCUCUGAGCCGUCGGGACGUGAUUCUUUACUUCCUGUUUUCUGUUUUUCUUCUUCCAUCGUCGGUUCACGUCUGUGGACCAGCGACGGCUUUUCCAUUUCUCUUCAUGUGUUUUUGCGUUUCUCAUCUCGUCCCUGACGUCGUUCCGUCGCCUCCUCCUCUGUGACCAGAAAUGAAGAAGGUUUAUCAGUUUUAGCGGACAGGAUGGUUCGUAUUUAUCUAAAUUUAGAAAAAGUUGAGCUCAGGAGGAUGUUUUCAGAGAUCCAGCUGUAUGUCCGGUUUGUUGUUUUGGCUUCUUUUGAUGUUUUACUCAAAGAAAUUAAUUCCUAAAUGGAUUAAAGUAGGUUCACUGGGUUGUUCUGAGGUUCGUUUAAGCCACAAAACCUCACUUUUACUGGGAUGCACUCAGGAUUUGCCCGUCAUAGAUGUCAGGUUGACAUUUCAAACACCAAAAUUAAUCAUUAAGACAAAUAUCAGCUUCAGGUGUGUAUUUUCACAUCUUUCUAACUAGUUAGGGAGCCACAAAAAUGCAUUUUUAGUUGGAUAAUCUCACAAUUUGUCUGUCAUAUGUCCAACCUUGUGUUAGAUUUUUUUAUAGUUCCUUUUUACGCACCAAAAUUCACCACUAAAUUAUCUUCUCUGGGUUGUUUUGAGGUCCGCUUAUCCCACAAAACUGCAUUUGUAUUGUCAGGUUGACAUUUCAAACACCAAAAUGAAUCACUAAGAGAAAUAUAUCGGCUCCAGGUGUGUAUUUUCAGAUCUUUCUACCCGGUUUGGGAGCCACAAAAAUGCAUUUUUCGUUGGAUGAACCCAGAAUUUGGUGUCAUAGCUCCAACCAUAAUUCCUAAAUACAUUAGAUUAGCUUCACUGGGUUGUUUGGAGGUUUUUUAACUGAUUUCAGAGCCACAGAACUGCAUUUUUUUUUAAUUGGGCUAAUCCCAGAAUAGAUGCUAGAUUGACAUUUCAAACACGAAAACUACUAAGAGUAAUAUAUCAGCUUCAGUUGUGUAUUUUCAGAUCUUUCUCACUGGUUUGGGGGCCACAAAAAUGGAUGUUUAGUUGGAGAAACCCAGAAUUUGCGUGUCACAGAUCAAACCGUUUGUUUUAUUUGUUAGAUUUCCUUUCUCACGCCAACAUUUCUGCUAAAGUAGCUUCACUGGGUUGUUCUGAGGUCUGUUUGACUCAUUUUGGAGCCACAAAAAUGGAUUUUUAGUUGGUUAGUAUCUGAAUUUGCGUGUCAAACAUCCAAUCAUAUGUUAGAUUUCCUUUCUCACGCCAACAUUUCUGCUAAAGUAGCUUCUCUGGGUUGUUUGUUUGGCUGAUUUCAGAGCCACAAAGACUCAUUCUCAGUUGGACAAACCCAGAGUUUCCCCGUCAGUCGUCACAGAGGAGGUGGCGAUGGAUCCGUGCGAAUGUUCUGAAUGUUGUUUUGUCGUCUGUUGUUCGUCUUUUGUCGGCUCUCUGACUCGGAGCGCCGGCUGUGGGGUUGGGUGGGAUAUUUGGUUCAAAAAUUCAAAAAGAAGACGGGUGAGGAAUCGGGUCCAAAUAAAGAGGAUUGUUGCUUGAAAAGCGUAAAACCCAGAAAAAGUUAACACCUGAGCUCGUAUUAAAGGCCGAGGAGCCGCUAACAUCCAACCUGAGCGUCGCUGAGCGGAAUCGAUCCGUCGGUUUUGCUGCACUAAUGAUUUCUGACCAGUUUAACGGCGAUGCGGUCGCUUUGGGUAAAACCUCGGCUCUAUUUCCCGGAUAGAAAACAACGGUGUUCACAUUUUAAUUGACUCCAAUCUGUUUUGGUUUGAACGUAGCUACAGGUCCAGCAGUGUAUUCUCUAUGACAUGGACAGACGUGGUUCAAUUCUGGAAAAAUGUUGCUUCUUUGACCCCUUAGACUGUAAAAAACCACUUCAUGUUGGACUUGAAAUCUAAUUUCUGAGUUUGCUGAUUUUCCUGUUCGCAGUCUCAAAGUUUUCCUUUUGAUGCCGGUGAUUCUGAUUGGGUAUUAUUGCUACAAACGCAUCAUUCUUGGAUUGUUUUAAUGCUUUUCGGUUGUUUUCUUUCCCGACAAAAUGCAUUAAAGAGGCACAAGAUGUUCCACUGGCCGGCGUUGAUCACUCUGUCCUCUGCUGUUGUAACCUGGAAACACAUCAGGGCUACCAAACUCAAUAAAUUGACCUGAACUUUA